AUGAAGUGUUAUUACGAAGUUCUAGGAGUUCUGAAAGAUGUAAAUGACGAUGAACUUAAAAAGGCGUACAGGAAACUAGCUUUAAAGUGGCAUCCAGAUAAAAAUCCUAAUAGUGCUACAGAGGCCAAGGAGCAGUUCCAACUUGUGCAACAAGCAUAUGAGGUAUUGAGUGACCCCCAUGAACGGUCAUGGUAUGAUUCUCACAGGGAAUCCAUUCUCAGAGGAGCUGGAAGCGAUUAUAAGGAUGAUAGUCUUGAUGUUUUUCUUUACUUCACACCUACGUGUUUCAAAGGUUAUGGUGACGAUGAGAAUGGUUUUUAUGCAGUGUAUAGGGAGGUGUUCAAUAAACUGGCAGCUGAAGAUUCAGAAUAUAUGACAGAUGAGGAUAGUGAUUUUGAAGUACCAAGCUUUGGAGACUCAACGAGUCCCUAUGAAGAUGUAGUACAUCCAUUCUAUGCACACUGGCAAAGUUAUUGUACAAAGAAAUCAUAUGCUUGGUUAGAUCCAUAUAAUAUCAGAGAUGCUCCAAACAGGUGUCUGAUGCGUGCAGCAGAGAAGGAAAACAAGAAAGUCCGUGAUAAAGCGCGUAAACAACGAAAUGAGGAGGUUCGAAACUUGGUGGCAUUUGUUCGCAAGAGGGAUAAACGAGUCCAGUCUUUUGUAAAAUUGUUGGAAGAACAUGCAGCAGAAAACGUGAAGAAAGCAGAAGAACGAAGAAGGAAGCACAUAAAGGAAAGACAAGAAGCAAUGAAAAAUUAUAAAGAAUCAGAAUGGACAAAGUUUUCAAAUAUUGAAAAAGAACUUAAGGCAAUUGAAGCAAAUCUUGCAGCAGAAUUUGGGGACAGUGAUAUAUCUCUAGGUGGAGAAUCUGUAAUUGACAGGGAAGAAGUAAUGGAAGAAACUGUAAACUCAUUAUACUGUAUUGCAUGUAACAAAGUUUUCAGAACUGAGAGAGCAUUUUCAAAUCAUGAGAACUCUAAAAAACAUAAGGACAGUGUGGAAGUUUUGAAAGCACUGUUAGUGGAAGAUGAGCUAGCUGUGUUAAGAAGUAAACAGAAGGUUGAAGAUUCAUCUUAUGAGUGUACACAGAUUACCUCUGUAAAUGAACUUUCAUCAGAUUCUGAUAUACAUUCUGAAGAUGAAUCAGAAGAAUUAGAAUUUGUAGAAAGGCAGACAAAAAAGAGAAACAAAAAGAGGAUACCAAAUAUUUGUAGUGUUACUGUUGACAAUGCUUCAGAUAUUGAAUUUCAGAUGUCUUCAGGAUGGUCUAAGAAGCAACGUAAAAAGCAGCAGCGCAUGAUGCAGGCAGAGCAGAAUACAUCAUCUGAUGGCAACCAUGAAAGUGAGGCUGAGAAUAAUGAUGUGGACAACAUUGCAAUGGAGGAGGCAACUGAAGAUUUUGGUACUUCUGCACAGGAAAUUGAAAGAAAGAAAACUAAAGGCGUAAGAAAGGGAAUGAAAGUAAGACUAUUAAAGGAAAGGGAAGUUAAUAAUAGGAAGGAAGUUGGCGAUAAAAUAAAGGUAGAAGGAAAAGCUGACGAAGUUAAAAUAAAGAAUAAGAAAGCUAAGGGGGUGAAAAAGAAUGGCAAGAAAGACGGAAGUGUUAGUACUGAUUAUGUCCGAGAUCUAAAUCAUUGCUGUGUUACAUGUGGCUCUGAAUUUCCAUCUAAGAAUAAAUUGUUUGAUCAUCUUAAGAAAACUGGCCAUUCAGUAUCCAUCCCUCAUUUGGCAGGCACACCUAAGGAUAGAGUGGAAGUCUAG